AACACUUUUAUUUGUGACAGAGAGAGAGAGAGGGUGGCAUAAUAACAGAUGCCAGUUGCGCCUCAAGAAAAAAAAAAAAGGUUUCAAGGGGCUUUGGGCAUUUAACAGAAGGCGGUUGUAUCUCCAAGAGUCAAAUCCAUUUGCGACAGAACCACCAAACGACGAUGGAGGAAAGCGUUUUCGCAGCGCUAACAGACGACAUCGUCCUCUCCAUUCUGGCGAAGCUAGACGACGAUCCACGACACUGGGCGCGCGCGGCGUGCGUCUCCACCCGAUUCUCCACCCUCAUUCGCCACUUCUGCUGGAAGACCAAAUGCUCCCAAACCUUCCCCUCAUCUCUCAUCUCCUCCGAUUCCCCCUCCACCUGGUCCUCCCUCCUCAAGCUCGCCGUUUGCUGCCCCGGCCUCCGCCACGCCGGCAUCCCCGCCGACCGGAACGCCGCGAAACGGAUGAACAUCUGCCGGAAUUCGCAUUUGGCCGGCGGCUAUCGGCAUCUGAGGAGAGAACAGGGAUGCAAACUUCUCGCGAGACAGUUCCGCGACGAUAAUUUGUUCCUCUGCGACUGGCCCGGCUGCGUGCACUCCUAUCAGAGGCGCGACUACAUGCUCUUCCGAGGGUUCUUCCAUAACUUCAAAGCGAGCGGGGUUUGGAGAAGCAUCAGCGACGAGAAGAGAAGGAAGAUCGAUGUCGAGUGCGCCUUCUGCACGUGCCAGCACACGUGGGACCUCCAAUCCGCCUUCUGCCUCAGACGUGGCUUCGGCUACCAUCUCGAUGGGGAACCAGUUGUUCGAGCUUAUGUCUGUGAGAACGGUCAUGUCUCUGGGGCUUGGACCAAUAUACCCUUGUACUCUUAGUUGCUUUAACAUUGUUUCUUUUCUUUGUGCUUCUGAACGUCAUGUAUUUUUUUUUUUUUUUUGUCUUAGAAGACUUGAAUUGGAUCUUUAUCAGAUUCAAAAUCAUGCUCGUGCUAUUGGGAUUGACGAAAUCCUUCUGUUUGCUGGGGAUUAUAGCAUUUAAUAUUUCAAUCUUAUGUUCUGCUAAUGCUACUAUAUACUUUGGACUGAAUAAUCAGGUUUAGAAUUCUUGGAUUUUA